CUAAACCCUAAAGAUUCAUCAACCCACAAUCUAUCAACUACACAGGCCACUAUAAAUUAUUCAUUAAACCAACCUUGGACUUCAACAUCAUACACAAUGUCCUCUGCACCAAACACAACAAUGUCCUCUGUACCAAACGUAGGCCGUGAAUCUCCUCCCCCUGAGAGCCAAACUGGCCGGCAGUUAAAGGAGACGCCCGCGUCCGGACAAGGCACAGAUGAAGCCCCCAACAAGAAGGAAAAUAUGCAAGACCAACUAAGUAACCUAGCUUCAAACCCCAAGGGACCCCUCGAAGAUGCGGUCACGGAGAAGUUUAAGAAAACUGAAAAGCCAUCAUAAAGUAGUUGGCUUUGGUAUGAGGGACAUUUGGGAUUGUAUAGCAAGCAACAUGUUAUUUUAUUAGAAGGGAUAUCAUAUUAUGAAUAUGUACGGCAUAGUUUUAACACAUACGCCAUUACAUUAUCCGGUUGGAUGUAAACAAUUUACCAUACAAACUGCCAAAUCGUCAAUCCAUGUCCGCAUGUUCUCAUCAUAAUCAUAAUUCACUCAUAUGCCACUGCAAUUCAACUCGGAGCGAGUAGACCAUUGUUGACACUGGGUACAUUGCGCCGGUUGUACCGACUCUGACAU